AUGGAUCAAUUCGGCGAGUACCCUCCAAACCUCACCGUCAAGGACGCUCUUGUCGUCCGUCAAGAGGCGACCGUAGACCAUGCAGUUGUUCCGUACACAGGCGACGACCUCAGCCGCCCUCGCCUCGGCCCCGCGAAUCCCUUCAAGGACGAAAACGACAAGAGCCUUGGAAAGCGCAAAAAUGUUUUGACGGGCCAGGCAAACGAGGUCUUUAUCAGCGAGCACACCUUCCGCAGUAAGCACCGUGCCGUCGAGCGCGCCGGCGGCCCCGAGCGCGAGUACAUUUCGCCCGCCCAGGCCAAAGAGCAAGCUGCUAAGCGUCGCGCCACGCGCGAGAGCAAGGGGAGGGCCACAAUUGCCGACGGCGACGGCUCGUAUGUCGGACCCUGGGCCAAAUACAAGAAGCCAGAGUAUGAGCAGGUUGAGGUCGAUCUGGACGAGUUAGGCAGCGACGAGGAAUACGAAAUUGUAGACGAGGAUGACGAGGAUGUUGUGCCGAGCGGCACUGUAGUGCAGGCUCCGGCCGGAUCCCUGGCGCGCAGAAUAGAGGUCGAAGAGCAGGGCGAGGAGACUACGACUUUCCACGGCGCGAGCGAGUACGACUACCAGGGCCGUACGUACAUGCAUGUGCCGCGGGACCUGGACAUUUCGCUGCAGAAGGAGGCCGGCAGCAUCACCAAUUACAUCCCCAAGAAGCUCAUGCACACCUGGCGCCACCACACGAAGGCCGUCACGUCGCUGCGACUUUUCCCACGCUCGAGCCACCUUGGCCUGUCGGCCUGCGCCGACGGCACGAUCAAGAUCUGGGACGUGUACCGCUCGCGCGAGCUGCUGCGCACCUACUCUGGUCACUCCAAGGCAGUCACGGAUCUCUCGUUCAACAACAACGGCACGCGGUUCCUGUCGGGUUCCUUUGACCGCCGCAUCAAGCUGUGGGACACGGAGACGGGCCAGUGCGUCAAUCGGUUCAACCCAAACAAGACGCCCCACGUCAUCCGCUUCAACCCGUCUGCUGAGAACGGCCACGAGUUCUUGGCUGGCCUCUCGGACAAUCGCAUCCUUCAGUACGACACCCGCGCCGGCAAUGAAACUGUGCAGGAGUACGACCAUCACCUAGGUGCUAUCAACACCCUUGAGUUCGUCGACGAGAACCGUCGUUUUAUGUCAACCUCUGAUGAUCGCUCCCUGCGCGUCUGGGAAUAUGGGAUUCCUGUGGAGAUUAAGACCAUUAGCGAACCUGACAUGUUCGCCCUGACAAACUCGACCCAGCACCCGAGCGGUAAGUAUGUGCUGUUCCAGUGCAGCGACAAUUCCAUCGUGGCCUACUCAGCGGCGUCGGACAAGUUCCGACAGAACCGUAAGAAGUCGUGGCGCGGCCACAACACGGCCGGUACCGCCAUCGGCCUCACGUGCAGCCCCGACGGCCAGUUCGUCGUGUCGGGCGACACGGCCGGCUACGUCUGCUUCUGGGACUUCAAGACGUGCAAGAUGUACCACAAGAUUCAGGCCGACAGCGCCGGCGGAUCGGUGAACUGCGUCGUGUGGUCCGAGCAGGAGACCAGCAAGGUGUUUACGGCGGGCGCCAAGGGGGACAUUCGCAUGUGGGACUAA